AACGAAAGCCUCCAUCCACAGCCAUGCAAUCGCUCCGCCGGACAGCAGUUUCCACUGCCCGAAAAUCCCGAAUCAACCUCACACGGCAGCCGCGCCGAUAUGCCCACGACGAACACACUCACGCUGCCGGCCAUGCCCCAGUGAACGAGUCCUUCGGGUGGGGAUUCUGGGGAACCGUGGCCCUUGUCCCAACCCUUGGUGCCCUUUACCAAGUCUCGCGACCAGACCCCGACUCUGACUCACCACCACUCCUCACACGCAUGAUCGCAGAAUAUCACAGUCACCAGGAGGAAUGGGCCGCGAAGAAUGACCUUCACGUCAGAUUGUUGGAGCAGGCGGGCUCGGAUCGCGUGUUGUUUGCAAAUUCGAAACCACAGGAAUUCAUUGAUCUGAGGUCUCCUGAUGUCUUUAAUGUCGGAUCCCCAUACAAUGUCCCUGCAGGCAGCCAGGCAAACAUCAGUCACGCUAUUGAGAAGUAUAGGAAAGACGCAUUCGAGGACAACGAGCGCAAGCUCCAGGCUCUGAGAGAGGGAACCAUCAAGGGUGAGCAGCCGGUUGACCGAUCACCAAACGAGUAGACGGGCAAUUGGCCUAGUGGCACGGGCUUCAAUGCAGCUGUAUAUACUGGAAGCGAUGAUAUCUCUUUAGUGACAACUUCCAUUUCCUGAGUCUUUCA